AUUCAUUUACAAGUAACGGAACCGGGCAGUUCCGCGGCUGGUUGCCAGAAAGUUUUUGUUGUUGUUUUUUAUUAGGCAAACUACUAAGAUUGAAUGUAAGCUAUACGGCUACUUUAAUGUUUUUUUUGGGGGGGGACGGGACGGGGGAAGAAGAUUUGUCGUAAAGGGUAAACUUUUAUUUCACUGCGCGCAAUGAGCUCCAAACUCAGGCCAAGUGACAGAGGAAAACAGUUUUCGCCUCAACCCUCGAUGAGACAAAACCACAGAGUAAUGGAGACGGACUAACGCGUCAAAUGAAAGACAUGAACUUCGGCGUCCCCGCGAACUCGCUGCUGCUCUUGCGUGCCUGCGAUGACGGGGACUACGAGACAGCCCGGGGUCUCCUGGAGCCCGGCGCCCCGAGAGAGUCGGGUCGGCAGAGCAGGCUGCGGUCAGAAGCGGGCUCCGAGUGCGCGGCCCCGGACGGGGUGUCCCUGGUAGCGGUGGACUGCACGGACGAGGAGGGGAACACCGGCCUGCAGUUCGCCUCGGCCAGCGGCCACGAGAACCUGGUGCGGUUCCUGCUGCGGAAGGGCGCCUCGGUGGACAGCCGCAACAACUACGGCUGGACCCCGCUGAUGCAGGCUGCGAGGUUUGGCCACCUGACUGUCGCCCACCUCCUCCUGGAGAACGGGGCGGAGAUAAACGGCCGCAACAGGCUUGGCGCCAGCGUCCUGUCCAUGGCGGCCCGCGGGGGCCACGUUCACGUGGUCAAGCUGCUCCUCGAGGGCGGGGCCUACGUCGACGACUUCGACCACCUGGCCUUGGCUGCGGAGACCAUCUCUAACAGCAACAGCAGCAACAGCUGCAGCACAGUUGGAUUUGGACCUGCUGAGGUCUACCCGGUCGGAGGAGGAGGAAGGGAUUUUAUGGACAUCACAGCUUUGAUGGUGGCGUCCCAGCACGGUCACGAGGCUGCCGUCCGCCUGCUGCUGGAGUGGGGCUCUGAUGUCAACUUUUCCCAGAAGACCACCGGCUGGGGGCCGCUAAUGGCGGCUACGCUCAGCGGGAAGGAAUCGGUAGCUGAGCAGCUGGUGGAGCGCGGGGCCGAUCCAGACCGGGUCAACGUUCUCUCCAAGACGGCCUUUGAGCUAGCCAUGCAGCUGAAGCAAAGAGGCGUCAAGGCGUACCUGGACUCCAUCACCACCGUCAGACCUCAAACGGACGAUGAGAGAAAAAGGCCAGACGUGUUCAGCGCUCUCAAACUGGGAAACUCCCAGCUCGUUAAAGACAUCUUGGAGGAGGAUCCGGCUCAGGUAAACUCCUCCAAUCAGGACGGAGCGUCGCCGCUCAUGAUGGCGGCGGUGAGCGGGCAGUUGGAGGUGGUGCAGCUGAUGGUGGAGAAGAAAGCCGACGUAGACAGACAGGACUCCGCUCACGGCUGGACCGCUUUAAUGCAAGCCACGUAUCACGGCAAUAAAGACAUUGUCAAGUACCUGCUGAGUCAAGGAGCUGACGUCAACCUGCGAGCUAAGAAUGGAUACACUGCCUUUGAUUUGGUCAUGCUGCUCAACGACCCAGACACUGAGCUGGUGCGUCUCUUGGCAUCGGUGUGCAUGCAGGUGGACAAGGACAAAUCCAAACACCGCGGCAGAGCUUUGACCAGCCUCUCCAAAAGCAGACAGUCCCUCAACAACAUUCCAGUGCCACCCGAUGACAAGGGAGGCCUCAAGUCCUGGUGGAGCAGGAUGUCCAAUCGCUUCCGGAGGCUGAAGCUGACUCACACCCUGAGGCACGGCCUCUCAACCAAUCGGCUGGCUCCGUUUCCAGACGAAGCCGAGACUCCGCUGGACGCCACGAUGAGGGCGGACGCGAAGGCCGCAGCUGCGCCCAACGGCACGGCUGCGGCAGCUGCCGCUCCAGGAGUGAGUGACGUGAGCGCCGUGUGGGCCAUCAAGACCAAAGACGCUGCAGGUCACUGCAGGACAUCCUCAGAAAAGGACGACUCUCUGAUAACCACAAUGCUGAGAAGCGGCGCUCCUCUCACCCGGCUGCCGAAUGACAAGCUGAAAGCCGUGAUCCCUCCCUUCCUGCCGCCAUCCUACUUUGAGCCCUGGAACUCCGACCGAUUGCGUUUCCUCCAAGACGGGAAGAGCGAGGCAACGCGGCUGCCGAUGCCUCCUCAACGGAAACUCAACAGCAGCGGGAACUCUGACAUUACGUCCAUCAGUCGUGUUGUGAACAGGUCCAUCAAGUUUCCGAGCAUCCCUAAGGGACCCUCCUCAUCCUCGCCCUCUAAUUCUGGUCACUACCACUCCCCCCACUCCUCCGGGGGGUCCAACGGAGUAGCGGGGAUCAACCGGGACUCUCACAAUCGCUCAGGGGGCAGCGCAGACAGCGUUCUCUCCCAGAUAGCUGCCCAGCGUAAAAGAGCUGCGGGGCUGAUAGAGGUGAAGACCCAAACGGCAGAGAAGCAUCAUAGCCCGGCUCCUCCGCCGGCGUCAGUACCCGUCAGCCUGCCUGGCAUCCCGUCCAACCCGAGCCUGGUCGACACGGACCUCCACGCCAGAAGGAAGGUGGAGCGGAAAAAGAGAUCGCAGUCUGGGAAUUCGUCCACCUCCAAGAGCACGUCCCCGACUUUAACCCCGUCUCCGUCCCCGACGCCAAAGAUCCCCGUCGGCCCGGGCGACUCUCUGUCGUCGGCUUCGUCUCACCCGCGCUCCAAGAGCAGCGGCGGCUCCAGCAGCGGCACCAUCACAGGCGAAGAUGAGCUGUCUAGUAUUUUGAAGAAACUGUCUCUUGAGAAAUACCACCCUAUUUUUGAGGAGCAGGAGGUCGACAUGGAAGCGUUCCUGACUCUAACAGACGGAGACCUGAAGGAGCUGGGGAUCAAAACAGACGGCCCCAGGCAGCAGAUCCUAGCCGCCAUAUCCGAACUCAACGCUGGAAAGGGUCGGGAAAGGCAGAUCCUUCAAGAGACCAUCUAUAACUUCCAGUCGUCCUUCGGCAGCAGCGCCAGCAACCCGAGGCCACCAGGCCAGUCCCGGUCUCCAACAACUUGGAUGAGGCAUCAAGUUCGCUCCUCCAGCAAAAGAUAACCUUAUCUACAUUAAUCCCCAUAAGGGAAACACUCCGGAGGUCCCUCCAGGAGGAGCGUGGAUGUUGACGACUCUUUGUGGAGGCUCCCGAACGGCAACAGGAAUAAGUGCAAGGGGACCAGCCAAGCUCUCCAGUCGAGAGAGCGUUUUAUGGGGCACAGCUGGACCAAACUGGGAAGCAAGGAAGCAGCCUCUGCUUUCCACUGAAGCGUGAGCUGCUUGGGAAACAGGACAUGGAAAAAUGGAAAAAACCAGGAGCGUUGGGACUAAACCCUGAGGUACACCAAGUAAAUUAACAGACAUUUUGUGAUAAGAACGUGAGAUGCAACAAACGUACCAUAAAAGCAUUGGUUGGAUUAAAAAGUACAUUGGUUGUGUGCGUAGAAAUAAAAGGUGUCUGGAUUGUCUUUUGUUGGCUCUGGAAGCUGCUGAAGUGAAAUGACUGAAACACUAAAAGGACGAAACUGCAUCAGGUGUGUUUUCAUCAUUAAUACAAGGAAAUUAUUCCACCCCGCAAUUCUUUGCGGCUGCAAAUGUUAUAUUUAUGAUUUAUGUAAAGAAAAAUCACUUAAUGUCGAGAGUGUGAACAUCAUAGAUAUUCAGUAUGUCAAACGAAAAACACAUUUAAACUUCUAUUGGAUUUAAGAGGGAAGAUAGCAACCAGCAACUGAUAAUUGAAUCCUCUUAGUUCACUGAUUAUCAGUAACUUUGGGCGGUUUAGUCAUACAUACACGUAUGGAAACACAACGCCAAGGGGGAAGGACUUCAGCAAUGAUCUUAGAGAAAUAAUUUCUGCUGCUUAUCAAUCUGGCAAGGGUUGUAAAAAGGCAAUCUCCAACUUAUCUGUUGUUGAACUUUACACAGAGUGACAAAUUACCUUUAAGAGGAAAAGUGGUCAACACUAUAAAAAAAACACAAAAUCUUACAAAGUUUUACUUCUGUCCAUUUUCUAGUGCAAAUAUGUUAUUACACUUGACUUGAAUAAGGCAAGACUGACUCACAAAUAUCUUUUCAGCAAGAUAUAAGAGAUUGUUGUAAGUCAACAAUUGUUUAAUCUUUAAAAGAAAUAGCUCCACUGACAGAUUGUUUCUCUUAUAACACACACGCAAAAACAAAUUGCCGUUCUAGAAGUGAAAAAAUAUGCCUGUGAAAAUUGGAUCGGCACUCAACAAUUAUUGACUUAAAACAAACUCCCAUAUGUUGCUGAAAAGUUAGUUGUUAGUUUUGAGUUGAUAGGUUAAAUGUUCCUAGUCCAGUUUCAGAAAACACUGAAGAGGUGUUACUUGUUAGGGGACAGAAAAAAAAGAACAAGGCAGCACAACUCGGCUUUACGAACUGGAAACGAUGAUUAAAUAUUACACUUUGUUAUUCUUUAACAUCUUAGUGGACAAAACAGCUCUUAAGGCUGGAGAGCCUUACAGAUGCUGAUAGGACCUUCAGCGUAGAUUGGCCAAAGAGAUCUUUACUUGAAAUUCUGCAAAUUUGAUCAAAGGAAUCUGAAUUACUCUUUGGCACCACAGUUAAGUUCUCUGACCCCGGGAAAUAAUUACAUCUCUGUCUCAGGACUGAAGGAAAGCGGCCAGGAGAAAAUCCCCCUAUCUUCCAGAAGGGGGCAGUAAGCUCUUACCACUACAUUAAACUUUCAGCUCUCCUGAACUUAUACAUAUUCUGGUCUUCAACUUUUUGCCUAAAGUUGAAGACUUCAGCAAUAGUAAAAUAAAUAAAUAAAAUUAAUUUCAUUUAUUUUUUUGUUGCCAGAUCUCCUCCUCCUCGUACUGCACUGUCUCAAUAAAACGAGGACAUCCCCAGUGCAAAAACACGAGUUGAUUUGUGUCAACAUUGAUUAGGAGGGAGGUGAUUUCAAAUCAUCCAGAGUCUCCACCCUCACAUGUUUUAUUUACAUCAUUUUCCUCGCAGCCGUCGUUCAUUAUUAUGAAGUCCCAAAAAAUUGUGAGCUUGAAUUUCGUCACCUGCUGUAAAACAUGUUUGGAGGGUUUAAUAUGGCUGUCUGGAAAAGCUUUAUUGGAAUUUUUCCUUUAAGGAUAUAUUUGGCACUAUUUGUACAGACUGAGACAUUUUUGUACAACUUAAAAUGUUUCAUGUUAAAUGAAUAACAUACCCAGCCAACUUUUACUCUCUCUCUCUUUCCUUCUUUUUCGUUUUUUAACAAGGUUUGGAGUACUUCUAAAGCUCCAGAACUAGCCUGCAGGCUGCACUUUGUAGGAAACGUUCAUAUGUCCCGAAUCUUCCAAAUCUUUUCAGUAAAAUUAAUUGGGCCUGUUGGACCAUUUAUCACCACGUCUAAUAAGGCAUCUAACGGGUCCUUUCACACGCACAAAAAGUGUCGUGACUCUGAAACUGCUCCAGUGCUUGAAAGUGGAUUAGACUGAAAUUUGUCUCACUACUUCCACUAGGCUACUAGAGGAAGUGGCUCUGCCUUGAAAAAGUAUUUUCCUCUAAAAUCUGAAACUCCUCAGCAAAUAAAAAAGAAAGAAGUGGAAAAAAAGACAGCGAAACAACUUACCAGUACAGGAAAACAGGUUUUCCUGUAGUCAUUGGUGGCCUUUCUAACUAGUUAGCAUUCUAACUAGCCAAGGCAGUUGCUCCUAACUGGUUAGCAUGCUAACAAGCCAAGGCAGUUGCUCCUAACUGGUUAGCAUGCUAACUAGCCAAGGCAGUUGCUCCUAACUAGUUAGCAUUCUAACUAGCCAAGGCAGUUGCUCCUAACUGGUUAGCAUGCUAACAAGCCAAGGCAGUUGCUCCUAACUGGUUAGCAUGCUAACUAGCCAAAGCAGUUGCUCCCAGAUUUAUUUCUUUAUUUUCAGUUUAUCUGUCCCAUACCACACGUUUAUGAUUUGGUGACAGUUUGAACAAAUAUGUAAAAGCAAAACAUUGUUUCUAAAAGUUACAUACCGCAGCUUUAAAUGUUGCAGAUAAAAGCCAGCAAUAAAAUAAUGAAACAGCAAGAAGUAGGCGAUAAAUACACUCAAAAGCUUAGACCGAGUUUGCAGACGUAGACUUCAUGAGUCAUGUUAUUGGCUAUACGAAGAAUUUGCACACUUUAGAAAACAUUUGAGCUUGACGGAGAUGGUUUGUAAUUGCGAAGGGAGUGUAAAGGAGUUUUUUCCCCCCCCUCUCAGUUGGAGACGUUUUGUUGACUCUUCCCGAAACUCUCGAUUUCUGAACACAAAAGGCUUUUGAGUGCUGGAUAUUUUUGUCUCGUACAGAUAAAGCUCCAAGUUGAAAGAGGAAUAAGAAUAUGCAAGACAUUGUUUUCGGCCUUGGGAUUGUGUUCGAAUGGAAAAACCCCACUGUGUGCUCAUUACCAUACAAGUGGCGCAUGUACCAGUUCUCGUUUAGAUCCGUUUUGUUUCAUGAACAAAUUUUGCUCUAGACCCUCUUCAUCUACAUUCUCUGACAUGCCUCAACACCCACCAUCAAUCCCCGACCCGACCAAAAUCUGGAACAGACUGGCCCCUUUAAACCCGUUUUUUUUUUUUCUUUUUUUCUUUUUGAUGACCUGGAUGGAGACGAAGCCGACAGGCAGGCGACAGAGUUCUUGUAGAGUUUAAUGAAAAACAUGGCUGCAGCACAGUGAAGGCUUCCCUCUCCUGUUGCCGCGACAGAGCCGGAGCUCAGAUGCACAUCGACGGGGAGGAAUCUGCAGGAGCGAGCCAGAGAGAGAGAGCUACAUUUGGAACAUAUUAACAUGGCCGCGGCAUGUGGGAAGCAAAUGGAGUGACUCAUUCGAUGUCCUCAUAAUUGUUUGCAUGCACAUGUGCUUUUGAUUAUGUUGAAUAACAUUAAAUAAUAUUGUUUGUAGCUGUCAGUACAGUAGUUGCGCUGUGGUUGGGAACACCAUUCAUGAAUCAUGACUGCAUUCUGGAAGUAAACUGAACACGGCGACUGGUUAGAAAUUGUUUAUGGUGAAUAAUAAAAGUGAACUUUUGUUGUU